AUGGCGGCCAUCAAGCCAAUAUGGCGGCGAACCACCGGCCCACUGAAGCGCUCCAGUCCCAACACCACCACCACCACCAGCAGCACCCCCCACACCCCCACCCCCACCCGCUUCCACCACCUCGUCCCGCUCCUCGAGUCGCCCUGCGCCGGCGCCGACUACGCCUCCGCCGUCUUCGCGCAGCGCCACGAAGCCAACCCCAACGAGCUGUGCUUCGACCUGCUCUUCGUCGCCAACCUCGCCACCUUCACCGCCUACCACACGGUCGACGACUCGGCGUCGCUCGCGGCGUACGUCGGCUUCUUCGCCAUCCUGUGGGCGACGUGGUUCCAGAUCACGCUGCACGACGUGCGCUUCGCGCGCGACAGCGUCUACGAGCGCGCGUGCAAGGUGCUGCAGUUCGGCGCGUUCGUGGGGUUGGCGCUGGCGGGGAGCAAGUUCGAGCCGGUGGAGGAUGCGACGAGCGGGAAGAAGGGCGGGGAGGGCAGGGCGAAUUAUAGGGUGCUGUGUUGGGUUUUGGUGGGGAGUAGGGGGAUGUUGGCGGCGCAGUAUUUGUUGGUGGGGGUGGCGGUGGCGAGGAGGAGGUUUAGUAUGUUGUAUGCGCCGUUGGCGUUGAAUGUGGGCGUGUAUGCGGCGGCGGCGGUGAUUUUCGGGGUGAUGACGCGGUCGUUCAGGGAGGGGGCGGAGCCGGCGGAGGCGUGGGUGUAUUGGAUGUGGUGGGUGGUGUUGUUUGUGGAGGGGGUCAGCACGAUUGCCAUUUCGUGCUGUUGGCGGGCGUUGAGCUUCAAGAAGACGCACUUGGUGCACCGGAUGGGGGAGCUGACGCUGAUUGUCAUCGGCGAAGGCGCGAUUGGGGUGACGAAGACGGUCAGUAAGAUGAUGGGGAAGUCGGGGGUGGAUUGGCAGGGGACGCUGCUUGUGGGGUGCAUUGUUCUGACGCUGGUCUUCCUCUACCUGACGUACUUCGACAACCAGCCGCACGACCACUACGGCACCAUCCGCCAGCAGAUCUGGGCGCUCCUGCACUUCCCGUUCCAGCUCGCCGUCGUGGGCAUCGGCGAGGGCAGCCAGCACCUCGCGCUCGCGCGGUACAUCAUGGGCAGCAUCGACAAGCUCGAGCACAAGAUCGUGCAGUACUGCGUCGACGAGGGGCUCGAGGGCGACAAGCUGGUCGACAAGCUGAGCACGGCCAUCAAGUACUACCAGCUCGACAAGAAACCCGAGUGCUACCGCGAAGUGCUCAACAUCGCCACCCUGCUGGAGACGCUGCGCAACUCGACCGGCAUCUGCGCCCCCGCCUACACCGCGACCUUCCCAUCCGCCGACUGGGCCCACGACUACCCGCCCAAGUUCGAGGAGCUCAUCACCCAAGUCGGCAGCGGCGUCACCAUGGCGGCGGGCAUGAAGAUCCCCAUGGACGAGGAGCCGUGGGCGGUGCUCCAGCACUCGUGGCGCAUCGUCUACAUGUACUACUGGGGCGCGCUCUUCGUCCUCUUCGCGUGCCUCAUCGUCUUCCUCGGCCUGAUCCGCACGCGGCGCGCGCGCUUCGACCUCUUCGACGCCACCAGCAUCGGCAGCCGCGUCGCCAUGCUCAGCCUCUGCCUCGUCUUCGGCUGCCUCGGCAUCGUCGCGCGCUCCGACACGCCCGGCAUCAGCAUGUUCACCUCGACCCUCGCCAACGACCACCGCUACCACGGCGAGCUGUACAAGCGCUUCCUCGCCUCGGGCGGCGUCCUGCCCACCGGCACCGCCAUGAUCGGCCUCACCCUCGUCCUCGACUACUCCGCCCGCACCGUCUGCAACCACCGCAUGCGCAAGCAGGGCUACGAGCCGCCGCCCCUCCAAGCCGCGCACGGCCACAGCGACGACGACGACAAUGACAACGCCGCCGCCGCCGCCCUGCCGCACGAAUACCACCACCCGCAGCGCCCUCCGCACCACCGCCACAGCAGCAGCGUCGGCAGCGGCAAGAUGAUCCUCGCGGGCGAGGUCGACGACGUGGACGAGGUGCUGGCCAAGCGCCGCAUGCAGGUGCGCGAGAGCAAGGCGCUCGGCUUCCGCAGGCAGGAGGCGCCGCGGCCGGCGAGCGCGAUUUUGUUGCUGGGCAAGUUUGCGGCGGGGCUGUCCAUCGUGCGGGAUGUCAAGGAGGAGGACGAGGAGGACGAGGACGAGAAGAGGCGGAAUAAGCAGCAGCGGCGGCCCGAUGGUGCGAGGAGGUCGAGUAGUGGGGCGACGUUGACGAAUGAGCCGGAGGAUGAGGCUGGGGCUGGGCUGAGGAGGGUGCAGAGCAGUGAGACGGGGUAUAUGGGGCAUAGGUAUCAUAGUGUUCGGGAUGAGGAGCAGCCGUAUUAG